GAGACCUUUUUCGGGCAUUGGAGGCAAAAGGCAGGCAUUGUUGAAGGCUUUCCUGGACGGUGUGACUGCCAAACUCGAUGCUAUGAAAAGAUUGAUUGUUGCUAUUAUUUUACCGGGUUUCUAAUUUAAUUUUUUUUUCAGGCCACUUAACUAUGUACACAAUGUUUAGAAGUGUUCUUAAAUGCAUUGAUUUUAGUACACCCAAAAUGGUGUAUUUCGAAGAGUGGAGGUUAACACGAUGAACACAGUGGAAAUUGCGACCUUUCCGUGAACCUUCUCGUCUUGCAAGUGUAUGAAAUGUCCCCAGACCAAUAAUGUUUUACUGUCUAGUUAAACCGGACAUACGAGCAGAUAUCUUUACACAUGAUGUUGUAAUUCGCGCAGCCUCUAUAGCUCUAGAAAUAUACGCGUGAGCAUUAAACAGAUACACUGACCUGAAUCCAUUCUUAUUCUGAAAGCUCCACAUUAAAAUGGGGCCUGAAUCAAAGUAUUUAUUCACUGAUGGAAAUGGAUCCAAACUAUAUAUGUUUACCAAGAUUACCCCUUAACUAUUGAAGCAAAUUUGCUUGUAUUUACAUUAUCUGUCUCAGUUGUCAAAACUUUUAAGAUUAAUGGGCUACAUUUUUUAAUUGCGUAGCUUUGACAGAUUGCGGCUGCUAAUUAGCCGGACUGUGGUUUACACCACAGUAUUAUGUGCUGAAGAUUUUAACGAAUUACAGAGUUUGGUAGGCUGUACACUGCGCAUUCAUUAAAUGCCAACACAAGAAUAUUCCUUGGGAAACACAGGAAGAGAUGUCUCAAACAAAUGCAAAUACACGUGUCUCUAUAUUACAAAAAUAUAGAAGUUUUCCUGCACGGUCAUGCCGUUAUUUUAUACUAGAUACAGGAGAAUCAUAUUCAUUCUCCUGUGUUUUGGAUCAAUUGGAAAAAAUAAUGCUCUCUUUUUCCACCAGGCCCUAAACUGUUAUUGGCCACAAACGAGCACGUGACCAGGAAUUGGAUGCAAUUUCGCCCUAGUCUCCAGUUUAAUAGACCAAGGUCCCCAUACGCCUGUAUUAUCACCAAUAUACACAAUUAUAAAGUCCGCAAAUAUAAAAUUGCGGCCAUCACGUAAUUGCGUAUUUUUACAUCACAUUCUUCGUUUAACCUGUGGAAGCGAUGAAUUUUGAAUUUGAGAGGGAGAUUGGGUUCAUAAACAGCCAGCCUUCUCUUGCUGAGUGCCUGACGUCCUUUCCCGCUGUCCUGGAGUCAUUUCAAACUUCAUCAAUCAAGGAGUCGACAUUAAUUCCUCCUCCUUUCGAGCACACCAUCCCUAGUCUGAAUCCAUGCGCUACAAGCCAGCCGCGAUCGAGAAGCCAAAAAAGAUUUGCAAAUGGCCUUCUGCUGCAACAGUCCUCACCACAGCCCCCAGCUCCCCCGACUUCUUCUACCCCGGUGGCAGCCGAGUUCCCCUGGAUGAAGGAGAAAAAGUCUUCAAAGAAGAGUAAUCACCAUAAUACGCCGAAUGCUGCUGUAACAUCUCAAGUCUCAUCCUCGUCCUCGCCGACUUCUUCAGGCUUUCCUGGCUCUAGCAUCGGUUCUCCUGCAGAUUCCCAUGGCGCACUGGAUAAUGGAAGUGGUUCCAGGAGAUUGCGAACUGCCUACACAAACACGCAGCUUUUGGAGCUAGAGAAAGAAUUUCACUUCAACAAAUACCUCUGUCGGCCUCGGAGGGUGGAAAUUGCAGCCUUGCUGGAUCUAACAGAAAGGCAAGUCAAAGUGUGGUUUCAGAACCGUAGGAUGAAGCACAAAAGACAAACAACUCAUCAUAAGGACGGUCAGGACACGGACCACGCUUGUACUGAGGGAAUGGAGGAAAACGAAGCCGUUUCCCCCUUUGCAAGUAAGCCCCUGGAAUCGACGGGGUCUUCAGUCACAGAGAGGGAGGACUGGAAAUCCGCUACUAGUUUUGCAGUCAAUGAUAACAACCACGCAAAGCACCCCUCACCAGAAGAGCCACAGGAAAGCCCCCCAGAGCCCGCAUCGGUCCCUGAUGAAAAUAUGAGAAGCUCCCCGUACCAAUCGUCCGCACCUCAAGUCCGAGCAAGCAUGGCACAGGAGAGUGCACCGGCACCGGAUAAUUCGUUAUCUGAGACUCAGGAAUCAACGUUGUUACCGGACAUAAAUUUCUUUCCGACCGAAUCCUGCCUACAGAUUACCGAGGGUCUAUCCCCCAGUCUGCAAAGCUCCCUAGACAGUCCGGUCGAUUUUUCAGAAGAGGAUUUCGAUUUUUUCACCAGUACGCUUUGUACUAUAGACCUCCAGCAUUUACAGUUUUAAGUAGUAACAAUAAUAAUAAAAAUAAUAAUGAUAAAUUGAUAAAAAUAAAAAUAAUAACUGGGAGAAAGAAGGCAUUUCACCGUAUUAUUAAAAUGUAACAGGUGGAUUUUCAUUUUAAUUUAUUAUUUUUUGGCUCUGUAAAAAGAAUUAAAUAUUAAAAAGAAAACGGUUUUAUAUUCAUCAUAAAAGCACGCGAUAGUUUUAAUGAGUUUCUAAAACGAAAGGUUUCAUUCAAAUUAUAGAGGCUUAUGUUACAGGCUAUUGUUUUUUAAAUGUCCCUUCUAACGGGAAUUAUUUGUCGAAAUCCAAUUUUUAUUUAUUUAUUGCUUUUUUAUUAUGUUUUUUAAUUGUAUUUUGACAUCGAUUAUUAACUACCUUGACUUUCCCGAUCGUAUAGCUUCCACAAUCCUUAAAUUCUCAGGAAUUAAGAAAAAAAAUAAUGUUGUCAGCUGCUUUUAGCGUUUCUUAAGAAGAGAGGGUGUUGUUCCUCUUUAAGUUUUAGAACUAGAUUAUUUAUUAAAAUUCUUUAAUAGCAAAUUACAAAUUAUUUAUUGUACAUUAUUUUCAUAGAUAAUAAAAUCUUUAUAAACCUA